UAGUUUUAGAUACAAAAGAUCCAACUUCGUGUGUGUAUUUGCAUUACUUUCUAAUUAUAGGAUGUUGAUAGCUAUAUAUGAUCGGAGACAUGCAAAUAUGUGAAGAACUAUAAACAAAAAUGAUCCAAUAAAUGAUUUUGAAGGUCUCAAUUAUUAGUAAAAUGGCAAUGGCGAGAGAUAUUUUUUGCAUAAGGCCAAGAUUAACGACAGCCAUGAUGCCAAGUCUGAGACCUUUUCUUCUCCUCAUUCUCUUAUCGCUUUGGGUUUGUGUCGAAAGCGCUGAUCCUGGUUUUCAAAAGACCAUCACUACAGGGUCCAAGUUCGGGUUUCUGGGAAGAGGCCCUUUUGGUGGUAUCUUCCAAGGACAAGUUACUGUAGAACAUGGAUCUGAUGAUCCUUCAUUGCCCGCAUCAAAUCCUUCAUUGCCCGCAUCAGAUCCUUCAUUGUCCGCUAGCAAUGAUGGUGGCAGCAGCAGUAGCAGCGGCGGUGACCAGGUGGAGAGUGCAAGAAAGAUGAUGAACAGCAACAAAGGGGACUCAUCAGAUCAUACUUCUCACACGAGUCAAGACGCGACACCUGUUAUCGGACCAGAUGGUAAUCCUAUUCUUUCACCUGAAAAACCAAGAUUUGAGUCCAACUCCCUUGGCAAAUGGAGAAUAACCACUCAAAAUGCUGGCAUUUCCGCCAUGCAAUUACAAACAAUGCCAGAAGAUAAGGUAGUGUGGUUUGACACAACAUUUCUGGGGCCUUCUGCGCUUGAGCUGAAACCUAAGGGAAAUUGUCCUAUCAAUUUUGAGACCAAUGUUCCGGAUUGCUAUGCUCAUGCUCUAGAGUAUGAUGGGCUACACGAUACCACCAGACCGCUAACUAUUAAAUCUGAUCCGUGGUGCUCAGUUGGAAGUUUAUCGGCUACUGGAACCCUAGUAGGCUCAGGAGGGUAUUACAAAGGAAGAAGUGCUAUUCGUCUUCUCAAGCCAUGCCCCAACUGUGAUUUCACAGAGAAGUCUUUCGUUUUAGGUUCUGAGAGAUGGUAUGCUUCACAACACAUCUUGGAAGAUGGCAAUCUUGUAAUAGUUGGCGGUCGAAAAUCCUUCAAUUACGAAAUUAUUCCACCAGAUACAUUCAAUAUCCCUAUAAAAAAAUUUGAUUUCCCCUUUCUCCAACAAACCACUGACCCUGUUGAAAACAACCUCUACCCUUUCUUGUAUCUGGUUCCAGAUGGAAAUCUUUUCCUCUUUGCCAACAACCGCUCUAUAAUUUUCGACCCUAAAACCGCAAAAAUCAUCCGUGAAUUGCCACCACUUGCUGGUGGCUCCAGGAACUACCCUGCCUCAGGCAUGUCUGCCGUUCUUCCCAUCAAAAUCGACCCUAAAAACCCCGAAAAAGUAUACUUUGACAUCAUGGUCUGUGGGGGAGCUUCACCAUUUGCCUUUUUUCCAGUGGACAGUGUCCAAGCUAGGCCAAAGCCUAAGAAUGUAUACUGGCCAGCCCUUCAAGAUUGUAACAAGAUCAAGCUGAUGGACCCGAAUCCACACUGGGAAAAAGACAUGCUCUUGUCUCCUCGUGUCAUGGGAGACAUGCUAAUUCUCCCCACAGGAGACCUUCUGAUUCUCAAUGGCGCAAAGAAAGGCGCUGCAGGGUGGUGGAAUGGCGACGAUCCCAACCUCACCCCCGAGCUCUACAUGCCCAAACAGAAGCUCGGAAGCAGGUUCAAGCAGCUCCACCCCACCACAAUCCCAAGAAUGUACCAUUCCACCUCAGCAGUCCUAUCCAACGGAGAAGUCCUCGUAGCCGGAAGCAAUGAAAACGACAGAUACGUCUACCAGGGAGUCCCCUUCCCAACCGAGCUCCGCGUGGAGAAGUUCACCCCACCUUAUCUCGACAAAAGCCUCGAUAAGCACAGACCAAAAAUACUAACUAAGCCCAAGAAAGUGAAACAUGGAGGCCCAUUUUCUUUUAAAUAUGCGAUCACUACUCCACCCCCACAGCCCCUGGAGGCCUCAGACUUGAAGAUGCAUAUGUUAUCGCCACCCUUUACGACUCAUGGGUAUUCACAGCAACAGAGAAUGCUUGUGUUGGAUGUGAGGAUGAGGGGUCCUGACACCGUUCAAGCGGUGGCGCCACCAAACGCGAGAAUUGCUCCACCAGGGUAUUAUAUUUUGUUUUUGGUUCACCGGGGAGUACCUAGUGCUGGAAUUUGGGUUAGACUUGUCACCAAAUAGGUUGUGUGCAUUUUUCGUCAUGCUGUUUUUAUGUAACUUUGAUUAAGAGUUGAAAUAGGUGAAUACGUGUAAACAAAAUAGGUAGUAUUAUAUGUAGUGUUGGGUUUCACGGAUGAAAU